AUGUCAGCUUUUGUGACUGUUGGAACUACGUCUUUUGAUGAUUUGAUCAACGCUAUUACCGAGUCUAGCUCUCUGGCCUCACUCAAAGCAAACGGAGUUCAAGAGUUGAUUGUUCAGUAUGGAGGAGGAAACCCAACUUUUCUGAUGAACAAUGAAGACGGGUCCGCUGAGAUGGAUGGAAUGAAAGUAACAUUCUUCAGAUAUAGUCCAGAUAUUAAGCCGUAUAUGGAGAAAGCGAAGGUAGUGAUUGGCCACGCUGGAGCUGGUACUAUAAUGGAAGCAUUAAAACUGACUAAACCAUUCAUAGCUGUUAUAAACGAAAAUCUCAUGAACAACCACCAGGUUGAGCUCGCCAACGCUUUGGCAGAGAAAAACCAUUUGCUCUUCUGCAACCCAAGGAAUUUAUCUGAGACAAUUAAGAAUCCAAAAUUAUUUACUCUCGAUCCUUUCACUCCUGUAGAUUCCAAAAAAGUUGCGAAUUAUGUGAACGGAAAGAUGGGUCUUCUCGCUAACUAG